GUUCUGGCGCCGCGUGAGUCCCCCACUGGCGGCUCUGAAAAGCCAUCUUUGCAUUGUUCCUGACCCGGCUCCUCGCUCGCCGCAGCCACCUCCGCCGCGCGCCUCCGCCGCGGACUCCGGCAGCUGUCUUGCCAGAGUCCCCGAACUCUCGCUUUCCUUUUCAACCGCUGCACCGGACUACCAGCGAGCCCCACCAUGUCAGACGCGGCCGUGGACACCAGCUCCGAGAUCACCACCAAGGACCUAAAGGAGAAGAAGGAGGUUGUAGAAGAGGCGGAGAACGGAAGAGACGCCCCUGCUAAUGGCAACGCCAACGAGGAGAACGGCGAGCAGGAGGCAGACAACGAGGUAGACGAAGAGGAGGAGGAAGGCGGGGAGGAAGAGGAGGAGGAGGAGGAAGGUGAUGGUGAGGAAGAGGACGGAGAUGAAGAUGAGGAGGCAGAGGCAGCUACGGGCAAGCGGGCAGCUGAGGAUGACGAGGAUGACGACGUUGACACCAAGAAGCAGAAAACCGAUGAGGAUGACUAGACAGCAAAAAAGGAAAAGUUAAACUAAAAAAAGGCCACCGUGACCUAUUCACCCUCCACUUCCCGUCUCAGAAUCUAAACGUGGUCACCUUCGAGUAGAGAGGCCGCCGCCCGCCCACCGGGCAGCGCCCCCUGCAGACAGCUCUCCACCGCCUACCCAAAACCACAACGCGAAUUCGCCACAGGGGAGGAGAAAACCAAAACUUCCAAGGCCCUGCUUUUUUUCUUAAAAGUACUUUAAAAAGGAAAAUUUGUUUGUAUUUUUUAUUUACAUUUUAUAUUUUUGUACAUAUUGUUAGGGGUCAGCCAGUUUUGAUGAUCCGGAUGACCAAACCAGCCUUCGGAGCAUUCUCUGUCCCACUUCCGACUUUACUUGUGGUGUGACCAUGUUCAUUAUAAUCUCAAAGGAGAAAAAAAACCUUGUAAAAAAAGCAAAAACAACAACAAAAAAACAAUCUUAUUCCGAGCAUUCCAGUAACUUUUUUUGUGUAUGUACUUAGCUGUACUAUAAGUAGUUGGUUUGUAUGAGAUGGUUAAAAAGGCCAAAGAUAAAAGGUUUCUUUUUUUUCCCUUUUUUUGUCUAUGAAGUUGCUGUUUAUUUUUUUUGGCCUGUUUGAUGUAUGUGUGAAACAAUGUUGUCCAACAAUAAACCGGAAUUUUAUUUUGCUGAGUUGUUCUAACAA